AUGACUAGUGUGCUUUUUGAUGAAUAUGUUCGUUCAUUUGACCAAAUGAUGCAUGGUAGAAGAGUUCUACUUGUGGUGGAUAAUUGUCCGGCACAUCCAAGAAAUAUUGAAGGGCUAAGAAACGUUGAGUUGUUCUUCUUGCCACCCAACAUGACAUCAAAGAUUCAACCUUGCGAUAUGGAUAUCGACAAUCUAAUGAACUACCCAGGUGAAAAUGAAGCAUGUUCGGAGGUUCAGAGUUUAGAAGAUAUUGUGGGUACUAUCAUUGAGAACAAUGCAGAGGAUGACGACGAAGAUGAUACGGUGUCUUUGGAACCUGUUACGCGAAAGGAAGCACUUAUGACGUCGAACACUCUUCACAACUUUAUGAUACAAUACAAAAAUACAACACCUGAGCUAUUAAAUGCAAUAAGAAAAGUUAGAGAUGAACUUCGAAUAAACUUGAACUUUAAAGGAAAAUAG